AUGGCCGGGUCGUUCCAGUUCACGAUCUGGCGCGUGAAGAUUCGGGCCACCACGUCCGCCGUCAGAUUGAGCGGACCGCUGCACGUCGCCGCCACGACCCAAGGCCUUGCCACCUCCAAUUCGACCCCCGCAUCCUCUACAUCAUCUUCAUCAUCCUCUGCCGCUACGCACUUCCCCUCGACCUCGUCGAGCUUCUACUCGGGACCCAACCUGGGCCGCCUCUCGCCGCGCUUCUCCCUGCCCUCGUCCUACGGGGCCUACCCCAGCCCCGUUAGCCUCCACACCAACACCACCCAGCCCCAGUUUUCCUCUCUCCUCUCCGUCAUCUCCAACAAGGCCCCCACCUUCGUCGAGCACCAUGGUGGCGGCGGCGGUGGUGGAGGCGGUGGGUCUAGCGGUGUGGGCACCACCGCCAGCCAUCGCCCACGAGACCGCGACCGAGAGGGCAGCAGCAAGGUGGAGGCCAAGGAGGCCAGGGAGCGGGAGAAGAUGGACAAGAAGGAGCGCAAGAAGUGGAACAAGCUCAAGAACCGCACGCUGGGCGACUCGACGUCGCCCACCAACAGCAUCACCUCCAUCGCGUCGCUGGUCACCCCCAGCGGCGUCGGCGCCAAGGGAGGCAUCGAGGUGCCCAGACGGCCGGACCGGGUGCCGCCGCCGCCGCAGCAGCAGCUGGACCCGCGCGGAGGCGAGGCCGGCCUGGACGCGGCCACCAUCGCGCGACGCACGACGGCUGCCGCCAUCGCGGCGGCCGCGGCCUCGGUGGCCAACGGCAUCGGCGGCGCAGCGCCAGGCGGCGACUCGACUUCCCACCACGGCGCCGGCUACUCCUUUUCGCCCGCGCACAUGGAGGAAUCCGGCGGCGCUCCUCACACCUCUCACCGGUAUCGGUCGCCGAGCGUGGUGAAGAGGCCGAAGGGGAAGGCCCUGCUGAUCAGCCGUCUGAGCAGCAACGCGCUCGGCCUCUACGACUCGUCGUCGGCCGUCGCGGUGCCCGCCUUGUCGAGCGGCGGCGCCUCCUCGCCGUACGCGGAGCACACGCACUCCAGUCCCGACCUCGAGUCCUCCUCGUCGCCGUGGACCGACGCCGUCAUCAAGCUCAACAUCGGUGGCGUCAAGUAUACGACGAGCAGGACGACGCUGAUGCGACUGCCCAACACUUACUUUUCGGUGCUCCUCAGCGGCAAAUUCCCCGCCAUUCGCGACCACGAGGGCGCCUUCUUCAUCGACAGGCACAUUCCGGAGGGCCUCAGCCUGGAGGAGGUGCUGAGCGAGAUGGAGUUCUACGGCAUGACCGAGCUGAGCGAGCACAUCGCCUCCUCGAUGGUCUCCAGCCACCCCGGGUACAAGUACUUCAUGUGCCAGCUGCCCCGGCCCGAAGCGAGCAUUCUCGACGACAGGUCCGCACGCAAGGCCAAGCGCGACAAGCAAAAGAAGCAGGACAAGCAGCAGCAGCAGCAGCAGCAGCAGCAGCAGAUGCAGCAACAACCGGCCGACGGCAAGAAGACGUCGGACAACCCUUCGUCUUCCUCGUCGUCAUCGUCAUCAGCACCUUCGGCCUCGAACGCGUCGUCGUCCGCGUCACCGUUGGUCUCCGGACCGAACGGAGGAGGCGGCGGCGGCGUCGGCGUGGCGGGGGUGAGCAUCAGCGUCAGCGGACCCGGCAGCAACGGCGACAUCAGCGUCGUUGGUUCGUCUGCGGUCCCGGUGGCGCCGGUAUCCGCAGCGCCGGCUGCGCCCACCUCCACGCCCAUCAGCGCUCCGCCGCCCAGCGGCCUCGGCGCGGGUGGCGGCAGCGGCGGCAGCGGGACGUCCGGGAGCGGGAGCGGCGCCAAGAAGGCAGCGGCAGCGGCGGCCGAGGAGCGGGGCAAGGAGAAGGACCACGACGAGGAGCUGCUUCAGCAGCAGCAGCAGCAGCAGCGCGAGGCGGCGGCGGCAUCGCUGGAGGCCAGCGGCGCGUGGUUGCGGCGGGAGCACGCCCACUCCAAGGUCACCCAGCUCUGCUCCAAGUUCAACAUCGUGUGCGCCGCCUACGAGGACGGCUCGAUCGCCUGCUGGAAGUAUGAGAACAUGGCCCUCGGGUGGCGGCUGAUGUUCAUGGAGUCCCAGUGCCUGCCCACCGCCGACGGCCUCAUCAUGUCGGCCACCAUGACCACCACCGGCCAGUACACGAACCUGUACCUGGCGGUCUAUUCGAAGAAGUCGGCCCUCGUGUGCGUGUGGGACCAGCUCCACCUCAAGUCCGGCGUCAAGUGGGGCGAGCUGCAAUUGGAGCUGAAGGACAUCAUCUCGUGCAACUUUAUGGUCAACAACUGCUACCUCGUCGCCAUAUCCACCGACAACUCCAUCUGCAUAUUCGACCUCCGCGAACCUCCCGAACGCAACAAGAUCAUCUACAUGUGCGCGCCGUCGCAUGCGAUCUCGCCCAGCCCGUCGUCGUUCGGUCCGUCGUCGCCGCGCGCGCCGCGGGAGCUGUCGGCGCGGUCCAUGGAGCUCAGCAAGAAGGAUCGCGUCAUGUGCGUCGCCGUCGUCGACCCCUUUUCCUUCCUCGGGUUCGACGAUGGCACGAUCUGCGAGCUCGCGCAGCACUUCAACUCGCACACCCACUGGGAAUGGGUCGUGGCCGAGACCUGGGAGGACAUCGACAAGGAGGUGAUCACGUGCCUGAGCUGCGUGGUGUUCACCGACCGCCACGGCUCCAACGUGCUCCUCACCUACGGAACCGAGCAGGGCAGCGUGCGGCUCUGCUCUAAAGUCGUCAACACCCGCAACUUCAAGCUCAUCUUCAGUGCGAAGGGGCACCACGACCAGCCGAUCAACCAGGUGAUGAUCAGCGAGUCGCACAAGUCCGGUGGCGGCCUCAUCUUCUCGUCGCUCUCGGCCGGGGGCACGAUCAAGGUGUGGCGGUACCUCUACGUCGACCUGCCCCAGCCCCACGUCUCCUGCAUCGCCUGCUACAACAGCGGCGGCAGCAUCGACCACUUCAUCUACAACAGCGGCCUCAUGCAGGACAUGCUGACGCAGAUGGUGUUCCUGGAGCGGAACCUGGAGAACAUCGAUGGGAAGGAGAUCGAGGGCCGCGUGGAGAGCCACCUGUGUGUCAUCACCAACGCCGAGAACGCCCUCACCAUCUACGACGACUACUACUGCGUGUGCAGCAUCAAACCUGUCGAUGGGUCGAGCGUGACAUCGUGUUGUGUGGUGUCGUACGACGACCUGGCGGCACCCAAGCCCUACGUGCGCAACCAGUUCCUCACGGGCCACGACAACGGGACGCUGCAGGUGUGGGACCUCGACCUGGCCUUCCACCACAACAAGCUCUCUUCGCAUCCCUACCACCACCCCUACUCCUUCUACCCGUUCUACUACGCCUUCCACCACUCCCACGGCGUCUCCCACCCCAUCAAGACCACCUUCAAGUGA